AUUUGAAAAUGGAAGAAAGCGAGGAAGAACUAAAGAAUCAGAUAGAAAAGAUGGAUGACCAAAAUAAGCCUGAGGAAAACAAUGAUGUUCAAGCGAUAGAUUUUGAUCAAUACAAUCAGACCCAAGCUGAAGAGACUGUAGUGGACCCUCUUGAUCAAUGUCCUCCAGAUUUUGAAUGGGCUAAGAUUCAUGGAAAGGCGAACAAGGUUAACGACAUCAUCACCAAAGAAAUUAAGACUGAAACUUUAAAGGAUGAUUAUUAUUGCAAAUGCUGUCAUUUACCAACUGAAAAAUUAGCGAAACCAUUCGAUAUUUGCACCAAUGUACUUAAAUUAGAAGAUCUGGGGUCAGGAUUUCCUCUUUACUAUCAAUUCAAGGCAUUUACAAUUAUAAUUUAUAUCUUUAUGACCAUCAUUGCAGGAAUAGCAGGCCUUUCUAUUAACUUGGACAAGAGUAGAGCUGAAGAAUGGGAUCAAGAUACAUCAUUUGUAGUCAAAACAUCUAUUGGGAACCAUGGAAAACAUCAUCUCUAUUAUGACAGAGAACCCGUUCAUUGGAUGCAAGCCUUGAACCUUAUUUGAAUUUUUAUCAUACUAUUAGGAUCAGCUGUGUUGAUAUUUCUUCAGAAUAAAGUUAUUACCGAAAUAGAUGAGAAAAAUCUAACUCCUUCAGAUUACGGAGUCAUGGCCACUCAUUUGCCUGUUGAUAAAAAGCAAGAAGAAGUUGCAGAAUGGAUCAAACAAACUCUCCCUGGAGUAGAGAUUGAAUACAUUAAUUAUUGAUAUGAUAUUCAAGACAUUGUUAAAGUCACACGAAAACGUACUCGCCUUCAAGAAAUUAGAGCUUACUUAAUGGCACAUAAAAAGAAAAUCCUCAAGAAGCAUAAUAUAGAAGAGCAAGAGGCUAUUUCAAGGGAGAUAGAUCUUAAUCCUCCUCCAAGAGCUAGAUUUUUGUGCUUUUGUAAGAAAGAGUAUCCUCCAAUCGACGCGGUUGAUACAGGGAUUGCUAAGUUAAAAAAGACCUAUGAGAAACUUGAAGGAGAACUUGAAGUAAAGACAGAAAAGGAUCUAUACUGUGGAACUGCAUUUAUCGUCUUCAACAAACAAAGUAAUGCAACUAGGGCUGUCAACUAUUUCGAAGUGAAUAUGAUUAGAAGAGCUUUCUCCUUUAUCAUCUACGAAAUAUUCAAAUGCAACAAAUCUAAAGUAGAUGGAAGAUACUGGGAAGGAAAAAGAGUUUACAUUGAAAGACCAUCUGAGCCAACAGAUGUUUAUUGGGAAAACCUUUCUGUAAAAACUAUCGAAAGAGUUAAGAGAAAUUUUUAUACAAACAUGAUUGCCUCAGGGUGCCUUCUUGUUGCUUUUGGAGUCAAUCUCGGUCUCAGUUACAUCAAAGAUGCGAUUGACAGUGAUUCUAAUAGUGGAAAUUCCGGUGGUGAAGAGUUCUUAAUCAGAGUCAUAUCGAUUAUUACAUCCUUCUUUGUCGUCGUUAUUAAUGUUGCUCUUGGAAGGAUCAUUAGAAUAUUAGCUGCAUAUGAGAAGCACGAGACUUAUUCCAAGUACCAUUUGUCAGUCGCUGUAAAGCUUACCAUUGCAAUGUUCAUUAAUACAGGAAUCACUCCUCUUUUUGUUAACUUUGGAAGGAAAAAUUGGUUUGAUUCCGGAGGUCUCAUGGUUGAUAUCUUCUACAAUACUCUAACGAUCAGUUUCAUCAGCCCUCUUGUGUAUUUGUUGAACCCUGUUUAUCUUAUUAAGCAAUGAAGGAAGAAACUUGAAGAAAGAAAAGGAAAUGACUCGAAGCUUACUCAAAGACAAGCCAAUGCUCUUUUUGAAGGCCCUCCACUAGAUAUGGCUCAAAGAUACGCCAAUACAAUGCUUUUGUUCUGUAUGGUUGUGUUUUACAUGUACCCACUUCCUAUCAUCUCUGUUAUUGCAGUCUUCGGAGCUUUGUGGCAAUAUUGGAUCGAAAAGUAUGUCCUCCUCCGUAGACACAAACUCCCUGAGCAAAUUGGUGCAACUAUGGCUCAGGUUUUCAGUUCUAUGAUGUCCUUUUUCUGCUUCUUAUAUGCAAUUUCACUGCUCUCUUUCUCUGAUAUCCUUUCUGAAGGAGAUUCAAACCAUGUUGGUCUUGCUGCUUUCUUCAUAACUCUUAUCUUGCUUUUCGUGCCAACCAGGUUUAUUGUAAGCAAAUGAACUACAGAUGCGAGAAAAUAUGAUGAGCAAACUUAUCAAAGACAUAGUAUCACUUUCUCCUCUGAUUAUAACAGAGUUAACCCAAUUACUCAGAAAGAGGCUAACAUUAAAUUCCUUGAAAAACUCAUGGAAACAGGAGAAAGUAACGAUAAUCAGGCUCUUGAGAACCAGAAAGCCAUGCUCAAUCGGCAAGGAAGAUACCAAGGUGUUGCUCAAUAUGGUCAAUUUAACGGUGGAAUUCAGAUGAGAGUUCAAAAUGUUUAUCAUCAACCUGUUUAUAGUGUCCCUACAGCAUUUCAGGGAUACAGAAUGGCGUUCCAGCAACCAAUGCAAAAUUACCAGUAUAUGCCCGUGAGAUAUCAGCAGGUCAUGUAUCAACCAGGUCAAAUGCAAGCAAAUUAUGGAAUGAGAGUUGGAAUAAAUGUUGGAGGUCUUGGCUUUCCAGGAGUAGGAGGGAUGCAAGCUAGAAUGAUGAAGCCUGUACAAAUGCAACAAUACCAAUACUCAUCCAAUCAAGCAGCUUCAGCCCACCGCCAAACAGCCGUUCCCCAGAACCCCACCACAAUCCAACAACCCCAACAGCCCCAAGUCCAACAAAGAGUCCAGUACCAGCAACCUGCUCAAUACUCCAACUACGCUCAACCUGCCCAAGUAGUCUACAGAGCUCCUCAGCCCACAGCCACAGUGACCCCCGCUGCCUUCCCUCAACCCUCCCAACCCCAAAACUUCACCAGAGCCGCCUACGUAGCCCCAGCUGCCCAGCCCCAACAAUACUCAGCCCCUGCCAACUACUCCAACAAUGCUGGUAAUCAGUAGGUAAACAAACA